CCACCAGCAGCCAAGCCUUGCUUAAUUCCUAAGCCUCUACGACCACAGUUAUUCCGAAACAUUAAAAAGUCACAGACCAACCGCAUCGCCAUAUCUAUCAACCUAAAAGACGUUUCGACAAAGAAACUCACAAUCAAAAGCAAAAAAAAAAAAAAAAACGUGUUUUUUCUUUUAUUUUCAAAACUUUAAAUUCUCAGAAAGCUUAAAGCCAGCGACUGUUCGGUGAAGCAAGUAAACAAUGCAAAAGAUGGCGCAGGAAUGGUUUUCGCAGAGCGGUAGCGGCGCUGACGACUCGCAGAAAACCUCGUCAUCCUUGUUAGCCGAUUGGAACUCCUAUGCCGCUUCACAAUCUACAGAUGAGAGCUCCUCCUUGGGCCUGGGCUUCGAUCUCGAAUCUGCGGUCCGUUCUGCUAACGACACCGUUUCAGGGACUUUCAGCGUGGUUUCCAAAGGAGUGAGAGAUCUACCUGGGAACCUCCAAUCUGCCACUAGUACUGUCCCUUCAGGAAAAGCUCUCAUGUAUUUUGGCUUGUUUCUAGCAACUGGGGUGUUCUUUGUUUUUAUCGCAUUUACCAUGUUCCUUCCUGUCAUGGUGUUGAUGCCUCAGAAGUUUGCUAUCUGCUUUACGCUUGGGUGUGCCUUUAUUAUUGCAUCAUUCUUUGCACUCAAAGGCCCAAAGAAUCAGCUUGCUCACAUGUCUUCAAGAGAGAGACUUCCGUUUACAUUUGGAUUUUUAGGCAGUAUGGUGGGCACCAUAUAUGUAUCCAUGGUGCUCCACAGCUACAUUCUCUCUGUGCUCUUUUCUGUGAUACAGGUUCUGGCACUUGCAUACUAUGCUGUUUCAUACUUUCCCGGUGGAUCUGCGGGUUUGAAGUUCCUAUCUUCUGCUCUUACGUCUUCAGUCAUGAGAUGUUUUGGGAGGUGACAUUGACCUCUUCUAUUUUUAUGUUUGUUGCCUUGUAUAUUUCUUACGAUUUUUUUGUCAGUCUAGUUGAAGUUUGGGAUGAUCUGAGACACAUUUCCGAGUUGAAGCUAUGAUGUUAAAAUUUUAAGAGUUUAUUUCU